AUGGGAUUCUUAAUGCUGAUUUUUUAUACAUGGAAACAAGAAAGAGAAAUACUUCAUUCAUUGCUUAAAAGGAAGAAGUUUAAGAUCUUCCUUCAGCUAACCAUUCAGAAGAAGAUUGAGAAUUGCCUAAUACCUUUCUUGAUGAUGCAUCCAAAGCUGGAGCUGAGGUGGACUUGCAAGAUGCCUUUCAGAGGUUCACCUUUGACACUUCCUGCACCAGUGUUUUUGGAUAUAUAUGAUCCUAUUUGCCUUCCAAACAUGUUCACUAAGCUCUCACACUUUGCUUAUCAGAAAGCUUUAAUUGUGAUGGAGGAUGUAGCAUUCCACAGGCACAUCACACCAAGAUGUUUGUGGAAGCUGCAGGAGUGGCUUCAAAUUGGUCAAGAAAAGAAGUUUAAGGAGGCCAUAAAAGCUUUUGAUAAGUUCUUGCAUGAACGUAUUGCAUCUAAACGUGAAGAGCAAAGUAGAUGCAAUAAUCACACCAAAAAAGAAGAUGACAAUACUCAUUCUGACCUGAUAAGGGUGCUAAUGGAGGAAGGAGCUGAAAAAGGGAAAAUAAUGGAUGACAAGUAUCUUAGAGACACUGCAUUUACCCUUGUUUCUGCUGGAAGUGGCACAGUUAGUGCAGGGCCUAGAAGUUGUUUGGGUAAAGACAUCACUUUUAUUGAAAUGAAGAUGGUUGCAGUUGCUUUACUAUGGAGGUUUCACAUGCAGGUGGUGGAAGGCCAUCCUAUAACCCCAAGGCUUUCUAUUACACUUGGAACGGAACAUGGCUUGAAGGUUAAAGUUACUGAAAGAUGCAUUUGA